CUGUCAGCGCCCUAUCUGACUUGUCGUUCCCCACCCGUCACCCGCGACGUGGGGCGGCGCCACUCGAGCACUCAGGGGGCACAGCAACCUGUACAGCUUCUCCUCCUACGAUAACUUUACUUUCUCCGUGCUUCUUCGUCCAACCCGCGUUUGACUGACGAGCUGUGCGGGGCUGUGGAUCUCGUGGUCCGCGAAACGUGCUUACUCGGUGGGAAAACUCGAAGCUCUUUUACUCAAGUUCUGUGACGGAACCCCACCAGACGGGACGUACUCACGCCGACCUCAAGUUACGCUGAAGUUUACAUAAACUAAUCAGCUCGAGAUUUCGCGUGUUGGAAGCAUCCAGGCGAGGUGGAGUGUUGGGCAGGACGACAUCAUGUCCGACACCAACCAGGACUUUGACUGUAGUAGCAGCGAGGCUUCGUCGCCCGACUCGAAGACGUCUUCCGGUGGGAGAAAGCGUUCAGGCCCGAGGCAGUCCCGCCGGAAGGAACGACAGCGACCCACCGGUUCCAACGCUGCCCGAGAGCGCUCGCGAGUCAAGACGCUACGUUCUGCGUUUCUCGAGCUCCAAAAGACGCUUCCUUCCGUCCCACCGGACACAAAGCUGUCCAAACUAGACGUCCUUGUACUUGCUACAACCUAUAUUGCACAUCUCAUGAGAACCCUAGACAGUGGGGAGGAUACUCCGGAGUCACGGGAGAAGCAGCAUCGCCUGCAGGCCACUGGCUACCUACACCCCGUCAAGAAAUGGCCGAUGAGAUCACGGCUGUACAUCGGCGCCAUGGAGAACGCGGCGGCGCUAGCGGAGGGCAGGGAGCCCGAAGAGUGCUCCGGAGGCCUGGACGUCAGAGAGUGUCUGAAUUCUUCCGAAGACGAGCACAGUCCCAUCCAUGCAGCACAGUCCCACUAACACAGACCGUCACGUUCCUUUGUACAUAUUGAUUAACAAGCGUGUUUCUACUGGACUACGGACCUCCUGAGUUAUAUCAUUGUCAAGUGGUUUCUAAUUUUAUUAUUUCUAUUUGUGAAGGAGUCGAGGUAAACAUCUUCUCUCGGAUAAAGGACGCCGAGCAUUCUGGUAGACCGGAAACCGGAUGUGACGUUCACCGAAAACAAAAGAUAGAGUCGUGGUCAGUUUUUGAUAGUAAAAUGCGAAUUUGACUGAACAUUGUAUAUAUCUGUAAAAAAACUAUGGCUUAAUGUAAGUUAUUUUCAGUCCGACACAUUCAUGAAUGUACACAAAUUUUGCCUCUACUCACAACUUGAACUUUUCUUAAUGAAUAGUAAAGCAUUAUGCUUCACGAAACGAGUCUCAUUUACCUUUCUACCACUGGCGAGCUUCAACCAACAUAUUAUCAUAGAACGUCUGCUUUCAUUAAUAAAAGUUCCAAACUUAAAUAUACUUUAAA